GAAUGGAGGAGGAUGCUGGAGAGGAGGGGGGAGGAGAUCCCGGAGAAGCGCAGGGAAAGGUUGCCCCCCUCCUGCUUUUGGCAAGAAGACAAAGAAACAAGUGGCCCCAUGGGGAAAGGAGGGGAGAAAGGAGGGGAGUCGGGCGAGCCGGAGGCGCAGCUUCGCUUCUACACCUGGGAGGAGAUCCAGAAGCACAACCUGAGGACGGACAAGUGGCUGGUGAUAGAACGCAAGGUUUACAACAUCACCAAGUGGGCAAACAGACACCCGGGGGGUCACCGAGUCAUCAGCCACUGCGCCGGAGAAGAUGCCACGGAUGCAUUCCAAGCUUUCCACAUCAAUCCCACCUUGGUGAGAAAGUUUCUCAAGCCAUUACUGAUUGGAGAGCUUGCUCCAGGGGAGCCCAGCCAGGACAGAGAUAAAAAUCCCCAGCUGGUGGAGGAUUUCCGGACCCUGAGGAAGACAGCAGAGGACAUGAACUUGUUCAGAGCAAAUCCUUUGUUCUUCUCUCUUUACUUGGGCCAUAUUAUUGCAAUGGAAGUUUUGGCUUGGUUAAUGGUUUCAUACUUUGGUACUGGCUGGAUCACAACUCUCAUCCUUGCCUUCAUCCUUGCAACAUCCCAGGCCCAGGCAGGGUGGCUGCAACAUGAUUUUGGACACCUCUCUGUCUUCAAGAAGUCUUCUUGGAACCACAUUGUCCACAAGUUUGUCAUUGGACACCUGAAGGGGGCCUCUGCAAACUGGUGGAACCAUCGUCACUUCCAGCACCACGCCAAACCCAACAUAUUCAAGAAGGACCCAGAUGUGAACAUGCUGCACAUUUUUGUCCUUGGAGAUACACAGCCUGUUGAGUAUGGCAAGAAGAAGCUGAAGUACCUGCCUUACAACCACCAGCACGAGUACUUCUUCCUCAUCUUCCCACCUCUGCUCAUCCCUGUGUAUUUCCAAAUCCAAAUCAUCUCGACCAUGAUCAGGCGCAGGUUCUGGGCGGACCUAGCCUGGGCCAUCAGCUACUACCUGCGCUACUUCAUCACAUACAUCCCAUUCUAUGGUGUCCUGGGAUCCCUGUCUCUCCUCACUUUUGUCAGGUUUUUGGAGAGUCACUGGUUUGUGUGGGUCACCCAGAUGAAUCACAUUCCAAUGGAAAUUGAUUCUGAGAAGCACAGAGACUGGCUUAGCUCUCAGAUGGCAGCCACCUGCAAUAUUGAGCAGUCCUUUUUCAAUGACUGGUUCACCGGGCACCUGAACUUUCAAAUUGAGCACCAUCUGUUUCCAACAAUGCCACGGCACAACUUCUGGAAGGUGAAACCUUUGGUCAAGUCAUUAUGUGCCAAGUAUGGAGUCCAGUAUGAAGAGAAACCUCUUGGAAAAGCAUUUGUAGACAUUGUUGGGUCCCUAAAGAAAUCUGGAGCUCUGUGGCUGGAUGCUUACCUCCAUAAAUGAACAUGAGUCUUAAUGGGGAGGUGUGAGUGACAGGGAGGGAUUUGGGGGAGGGUGCAUGGGGGGGAAAUCAUAGGUGUGUCUUUUACUCUUGGAUUUCAGUCUAUAGCUACAUGCACAGUUGGAGGGGAGUUUCCUGUCUCAUGAACCUCUAUGGGCUCAGGCAACCUCUUUAGUCCAAACUGAUUAAAAAAUACACUUCAGAGGAUGACAAGCAGUGCCAGUAUUGCACAAAACAGAAGGUUGGGAGAGGAUGGAUUGAAAGAACACUUUAAAAAGGGGCAUUAAUAUCCGACCUUGACCUUCUCUUAAGAAGACUGAUUCUGCCUACACCACACAAGCCCCUGAUUCACAGGCACUUCAGACUUGUCAGGCUUCAGUGUGGAUUUGCAGCCUAGGGACACCCCAGUCAGCUUAUGCCUCUUUUUCCCUAUGUUUGUGUGAAAGAGAAGCUCAGCACAGUCUCAUUUGGUUAUCAAGGUAAAAAUAAGAUGGUCCAUGGUCUCCUGGUACCAGGGUGCUAAGCUGGGCUGAGAUGCCCAUCAGUCCUGCCUGCAGGAAUCACAUCCCCUGGGGGACUGGCAGCUGUGCUGCCCAGACUCCCACUCUCUUGAGCUCCCUCCUUCCUCUCCCUCCUCUCCUUCUCUAAUCAUAAAAUCACUUUAGUAAAAGCUGGGGUACUGACCCUGCACAACUGAUGUCUAAGCACCUCUCAGCAGGGUUAAUCUCACUGUAUUUUUAUAACCAGCCCUUAUUUUCAGGGGUCCAUGGAAGAUCUUUGGGCUUAAACAACAAAACAUCUCCUUUGGGAAAGGAUCUGUUGUCUCUUUAAUGAGCAACAGGUCUGGUAAAGUGCUAUGGCUGUCUGUAAAUUAAACAAAAGGCCAAAAUAAGCCACAUAAGCAAAACUUACUAAUUGCUUGUGGAUGCUCCAGUGUAACCACAAGUGAUCCUUUCAGCAGAGCAGAGUUGGGCUUCAGGCUGCAAAAACACAUGGUUCUGCCUGUCUGCACAUGCUUGGCAGGAACCAAACCUCUUUUUUCCUUCUCAGAGGCCAGGAGCAAUGGCAUUUUUUACCCUUCUCUUGUGAACUUGAAGGAAAUGAGUUCUCCCUGCAAGAGAAGGAGCUGCCCAACUGUUUGACUCAGCCCUUUGGGGAGGCAGCUGAGGAGAGAAUUGAUCAGGCUGUGCUGGGGAUAGGAAACCUUCUGGAAAUCCCUCUUACAAGUUGUCUAAAACUCAUAUUUUUCUGCCCAACACCUAAUUACUAAAAUCCACCUACCAGGAGAUAUGGUUGAACAGCUUCCAAGUGCUUCUGUAACAGGCAACCUGAGCCCAAAUAAAUCAAGGGCUUUAGAUUUGGUUGUAAUAGAACCAAAGAGACAGUUUAUGAUAUAAGGCCAUGGUUUCAAAAGCAGUUUUCAGUUCUGACAGCUGUCUCAUUGCUUGCUCUGAACACCCAGCAGGGAUUUUCCAGCUAUUAGGCCAUGACUUUGCAUGCCUCAUUGCUUUGCUCAGCUCUGAAACUGGAUCCUCUCUAUCAGAUCACUGAAUCAGAUCACACAGGCCCACAAAAUCAACACAAGUUCUUCCUGAACCAAGACAACUCCAGGAUUGUGAUCAGCUACUUAAAAUACAAAUAAAUCUCCUUCUUUGAAGAAUAAAAUGAGAUUAAUUCUUUGCUUACAGAUGGGAAAUUUAUAGGAGGGUUGCAACUAAAGCUAGCUAGAAAUGCUGAAGGUUUGUAAAGAGCUUAUUUUGGUGUUCUUGCCCAGCCCUAAGAUGGCAACACCCAAUCAUCACUAGAAAUGGUUAGGAUGAAAAGCUACAGCCUCUGGGUUGUCUCUGAGAAGACUUUGAGCAAUUUUUAGAGUGAAUUUCUAAUAGCACAAACAAUAAUGUCCUUUUGGGUGCUGUAAUUUCCCAGACAGGUAGUAAGAAGCUACUAGUUAGCUAGUGAUUGUGGCUAACAUUGUUAAGACUGCCUUAAUGUGCAUCUCUCUCUGCCUCCUUGAAUGUAUCUCACUCUUUCUGCUCCAGCAAGGUUGACCACAAGCACACAGCAGCAGCAGCACUACAACAAUCUUUUAAAUAUUCAGAUUAUUUUUAUGACAGUUCAUAUUUUCUCACCUUUCUGGAUUCUAUUUCCAGAGCAAAUAUUUCCUUACUACAGAUGCCUCUUCUUCCUCACUAUUCUCCCCUCUUCUCCCUGUUACCUUUCUUCUUGGGGAACCAUUUGAACCAUUUGCUUUUUAACAUCUAGAGAAACUGCAGGAAACUGGUAGCUCAGCCUAGGUAGAGUCCUGCUUUAGGUGCUUUAGCAGCUUGAAGUCCCUUUUGCCACUUCACCAGCCUACUGGAAGGACUCUUUUUUUCUGCUAAAGACCCAAAGAACUGCCAGCACAACAGCCUGGCCUAACAGGACACAGCAGCUAUGGAAGUAUGGAAGAACUUCAAACACCCAAGGAGAGAAAGCAACCAUGCUGCAACAACCUACAGGAGGACAGACCAGCUCUUAGGCAAAUGGGAAAUUUUUUUUCACAAGACCUUGGAAGAUUCCAAGGAGAAGAAAGGGGGGAAAGAGGAAAGAGCUUGGUAUUAACUCUGCCCCAGCUACUUGCUUCUUUUGGACUCUCAAAAAACACUCUUUUCAUGAAAAAUGUUCAGUUGCUCAAAUCCAAAAAUAAAAACCUUGCAACACUGUA